GUCUUGUUCUGUUGUUGCCCUAUCAUGCCUGAGCCGGCCAAGUCCGCCCCUGCUCCCAAGAAGGGCUCCAAGAAGGCGGUCACCAAGGCGCAGAAGAAGGACGGCAAGAAGCGCAAGCGCAGCCGCAAGGAGAGCUACUCCAUCUACGUGUACAAGGUGCUGAAGCAGGUACACCCCGACACCGGGAUCUCGUCCAAGGCCAUGGGCAUCAUGAACUCCUUCGUCAACGACAUCUUCGAGCGCAUUGCGGGCGAGGCGUCGCGCCUGGCGCAUUACAACAAGCGCUCGACUAUCACGUCCCGCGAGAUCCAGACAGCCGUGCGCCUGUUGCUGCCCGGGGAACUGGCCAAGCACGCCGUGUCCGAGGGUACCAAGGCCGUCACCAAGUACACCAGCUCCAAGUAGAGUCCCCGCUAGUGGUGCACGCCAGCCCUCCUACUCUAAAGGCUCUUUUCAGAGCCACCCACUUAAUCACCAGGAAAGAGCUUUGGCUACUUAAAUUUUCUAGUUCCUGGGUGCAAGUUGUUGGAGGUUCCUGUAGAGGGUACACGGGAAUUUAGAGCAUCUGUAGUUUCGAGUUGCCCAGCAAGUGACUGGUUGUACUUGAGUUGAGUGCUCUGGCAUCUUAUUUGCUUUGCUUUUUUUAGAUUUAAGAUUUUGGAGUCGGCCUCCUGGCCACUGCUUUCCUCCUAUUCCAUGGUGUGUCCAGGAGGCUUUGUUUUCUCGACCCGAACUGAACUGGCUUGACUGGCCGUUAGAGGACUCUGGGACCCUGCUGAGCCCGGAUCUGACGAACUCUUGACUGCCCUUUGCCUUUGAAGCGUGGACUACGGGUGGAGUAAGGGUGGAUUUGUCUACUUUGGGCGGGGCCCUUAACCUCUGAUUGGGCCACAUACACAUUUAAAAUUCCGCGGCACCCUGGAAUUUUUAGACUUCUGUUACCCUUCUCUCGCUGGGGCUUUGAAAUCCCUAUUCUUGGCUUGUGGUGCGCUGCUUCUCCCCGACCUCCCCAAGUUCUCGGCGAUUACUGCAAAGAUUCAGGCAAGCUUCUAUGUACAACAAAGUGAGCAGCUUCCAGCCCAUUGCUGUGGGUGGUUUGCUUCUUCAAACAUUCUUAUAUAAGAGAAAGAAGAGAGCAUUUGGAUGCACAGAGACACAGGGAAGAAGUUGACGUGAAAACAGAGGCAGAGCCUGGAGUUCUCUACUGCAAGCCAAGGAGUCACCAGGACCUGAGAGAGGCAAGGAAGGAUUAUCCCUAGAGCCCUUGAGGGCACAUGGUAGCUUGAUUUCAGACUUUUUCUUCAAAACUGUGAAAGAAUAAAUUUAUGGCAAUUUAUUUGGCAACCCUAAAAAAAGCAACUUCAACAUCCUUGCAGCAAGUGGUAUUGUUGUGCCCAGUUCAUGAGACCCCAAAGACCACCAAGGAGCCAACCGAUGUAAACACAGAAGGGUUUUGUUUUUAAUUGUUGCAAGCUUAAGCUUGGGCCCACUCUGUCACUGACCCAGCAGAUCUCAGAUGUGAGACCCCCUUGCUUUGGAAGAUAGAGGAUUUUAUAGGUUUAUUUCAGCAAGUUCAGCAA